GUAAAACACGCGCGCCUCUUCUGUCUGGUGCGGUGGGAUAUACCUGCCUACAAAAAGCAAGCACACACAUAAAAAAAAUAUAAAAAAAUAGAAAGCCACAACAGCAGAAAAAACCGUCGAAAACACGACAAAAACAGCACACGAUAAAAGUCGCCAGCUGCCAAAAACGCGCUCAUUGCGUGCGCUGUUUUCGCAGCGGUAAAUUAGCCAGCAAAGCGCAGGAACCGAACGAAGCUCCCACCUGCAUACAUAGAUACUAACGCAACGGAUAUCAGAUACAGACAGAGAUACCGCGAUACGCUGCCAGGAUGAGGAUGCGCCACGCAUUUGCUGGAUUAAUUGUGUGCUGGCUGGCAGUUUGUCAACCGCAAGUAGCUGAGGCACAGUUUGGCGGACUCCGGGGCUCCGCUUCUCGCGCCAACACCAAUGCCUACGAGCGUCAGGUGGAACUUGGCAACAAUUUAGAGUACACGCAAGGAUUGUCAAACUCACGAGCGGUGACCCGCCAGAAUGGUCAACGCACUGUGUCGAACAGUCAGGCGCGCAGUAAUGAAUUCGACCUGGGUGGCUUGCAGAUUGGCAAUACGCUGACGCGCACGCGCACCAAUGCGAAUGGCGCCGUUUCUGGCGGUGUGGCCAAUCAGUUCCGCAUUGGCAACGUGGGUCUGGGCGCCUCCCUCUCACGGGAUAACCUCCGUCAGGGCUUUGGUCUGCAGCGCGGAGCCGAUGGCGACGUGCGACUAGGUCUGGGUCCGCUCAGUCUUGAUCUGGAUAACAAUGUGCAGCGCACCAAUUCGCUCAGCCAGGCGCAGGUUAAUGCACAGGGUCGUGGCGCUCGUGUCGGCUCCAAUAGCAACACGCGUCAAAAUCAACAGCAAUUUGGUGGCGUCAAUGUCCGGGAGACGUUCACCAAUUCGAAUGCCUUUGGACGCUCACGUAACGGCCAGACGUCGGCGAAUGCAGGCGGUUUUGGACAAAAUGCUGCCACACGUGGCGCCACCUUUGGCGGCGGUGCCCCGAUUCGUAAUCGACGGCAGCAACCUUUCAAUCGCCGUCGUCUACGUCCCAAGCGCCAUGCACAAUAUGUGCCAUUUGGGUACCCACAGAAUGGUUUCAACAAUUUCGGGCAAGGCAACUAUGGCGGCUUUGGCAAUUUUGAACCCAUAGACCGAUCACGUCGUCAGUUCGGACGUCCCAACAAUUCUGGCUUCGGUUUUGGCAACAAUUUUGGCGGUAACAAUUUUGGUCAGCCUAGUAACAAGAGGCGCCCCCAAGUUCAGUCCGCUGGCAAUGCUGGCGCUCAAGGUGGACCCGGCUUCAAUCAGCAGGCGGGCAGCAAUAAUUUUGCCAAUCAGAAUGCGGAUGGUUCACAGGAUGCUGGCAGCAGCAGCAUUGGCUCCAACCUCGCCGAGAACGGCAGCAGCGGCCAGGUGAGCUCAGCGAAUACCAAUCAUCAGUCAAGGCCUGGCCAAUCAUCGAACGGCGCCCAGAGCCAGGCGCUCAACUUCAACGAGAGGGGGCAGCAGGCAACUAGCUCGAAUGCGAACACCCAGCAGAUAAGGGAGGGCAAUCGUGAGACAAUUGGCUCAAACAGUGGCUCAACUGCCACCAAUAACAAUCCGUUUGGCAGCACCAGUAACACGGCCAAUACCGACACGCAAGUGGUCAGAGACGGCAAUCAGCAAACGAUCAACUCCGGCGCGAACAGUCAGUCCAUCUUUCAGGGCAACAACAAUCAGGGCAAUGCGGCUGCAAAUACCGCCGCCAACAUCAGUUCGCAACGUGGCCCAGGUGGAUUUGUGAGCAACUCGGCCUCCAGCAGUGCCAGCGCGACCAGCACCAAUGGACAGUCGGCAAAUGCGAAUGCCAAUGCCAGCGCCGGUGGAAACUCUAACGGUGCAGACGCAGGUGCCAAUGCAUUUGGUGGAAACCGCAAUCGUGGCAAUGCCAAUGCCAAUAGCAAUGUGUUUGGCGGCUUUAAUCGCGGUUUUGGCCGUUAGUUCAAUUUAAAACUAAUGCACACCCAAACAGCCAUUCACUCCAAACAACACCAGCACCACAAGGAACACCUAUUUUCCACCUUUAUUAUCGUCUAAUAUAUUUUGUUUUUUUUUUUUCGACAACGAAUCACUUUAAGCACACGAAUAAAAUGCAUUUGUUAUUUUUAAA